UAUUUCGCCAUCAUUGCCUACAUAAAACCGAUCAUGUACGGUGGCCGUGUGAAAAAGGGAGACGUGAUUGGCUACAGCAUAAACCACAACUGCGCUAUUGAGCGCUAUUCCGUGUUCGAGCCGUACGUGUCAUUUUUUCUAUUUCGUCAAGGAAAGCCGAUCGACCCGACUUACCAUAUGAAAGAAUGCUUUUGCACAGGUCAGGUUUGCGAGUCCAAUACUGACAACACACUCGUGUAUCCAAGCUUCAAGGAUGAGAAAGGCUACGGCAAAGGAUGGGAGAUCCAAUGUCCCGACAUGGAAGUGAAACCUACCAAAGCCCACCCGGAGGCUACCAGAAUGCCGUAUAUUUAUUCUCCUAUAAAAGGCGAAGUACUCGGACGGUUUCGACCACGCUCCGUUGACGACGUCCACGAAGGGUACAGCUGUUCGAAUGACGGGGUGUUCAUUCUGGGCUCUGACGAGUGGAAAGAUUUUACCGUGCAUCUGUACAAUGUAAAAUUUGUCACUGAGCCCGGCAACCAGCGAAUCGAGCAAGGGCAGAUUGUGGGCAAGAAAAUGAACUGCUCUGACAACGAGUACGAAUCAGUAUUCCUGGAGAUGCGCUACAAAGGGAAGUUCGUGAACUUUACGGACAUGCUGUUAGGAAACGACUGCAGACUUCCUGAUGCAUUGUAG